AUGCCGCUCUCCUGCUUCGCCCGCCGCCGCGGCGGCGAGCCCUCCCAGGCGUCGCCGUCCUCCUCGGCGACGUCCGUCUACUGGACGCACCUCGGCGCCGUCAAGCUGACGUGGGCCCGCGCCCCGAUCGGUCUGCUCCUGGCCGCGGAGCUCCGCCUCGCCGGGGUCGACGGCGACGACGCGGCGCCCGCGCGGUUCGUGCUCCGGCCGUGGCUCCCGUGGCGGCGGCGCGGGUCCAAGCGGUUCUCCUUGCCGGGCGGCCGCGCCGUGGCGUUCUCGUGGGACCUCUCGCGCGCCCGCUUCGCCGCCUCCGGGCGCCGGCCGGAGCCCGCGUCCCGGUACUCCCUCCACGUCUCGGUCGACGGCGAGCUCGCGCUGGCCGUCGGUGACGCCGCGCGGCCGCCCGCGUCCGCGGGGCUCCUCCUCUCCCGCCUCGAGAACGCCGUCGCCGACGGCCCCGGCGAGGCCUACGCCACCACCGUCGACGUCGCGGGCGAGGCGCACGAGGUGUCCCUCGCCGUCGAGGACUCCGCCAUGUGGGUCGCCAUCGACGCGAGAGGCUGGACCUCCCGGCGCGGCCGCGUCCGGGUCACCUGGGACCUCCACGGCUGGCUCUUCUCCCCCGACGCGGCCGCCGUCUUCGUCCUCCGGUUCCAAGCCUCCGACGCCGACGAAGAGGACGACUAG